CAGGGAGAGAAAAGGAGAGGAAAGACAAGAAAAAGAACGGAGAGAGAGAGAAGAACAAAAGGAGGGCGACGAUGUGAAGAGUAAGACCAGGAGACAGUGAGUGAGCGUGGCGAGGCGGGAUGGAUGGUGAGUGGCGAGUAGCGAGUGCCUGAACCAAGUGCCAAGUGUGCGCGUGAGACACCUUGCCAUUAUCACAACAGGAGCGGGUGUGCGAGGGCCAGGCGCGUCCAGUGGGGUCCAGGGAGGUCCAGUUCAUUCUUCAUAGCAGUCUCCCAGCGGGGCCAGCCACUAUAGCACCGCCAGGCAGGUUCCUCGCAGCACCGCCAUGCCCGCCGCCGCCCUUGCUACCGUCACCCUCCUCUGCCUCUCCGCCGUCACUGCCCAGCGUCUAGUAGUGGUACACGAUCACCUCUUUGACUUCUCACCGUCGGGAAUCCGCCAACAAGACCUCCACGCCAAGACCGCUCUCGCCUCCAUCACCGCCUCCCUCAACCUCACGCUGGCCUACCACUUCGUCGAGCGCAAAGCCUUCCCGAAGAAGAGCAUUGUGGCGUCCAAGGGCGUUGUGGCUGUGGUGGGCGCUGGCGUGUGUCGGCUGGGCAGGUCUGUGGCGUCCCUGGCCCAGAGUGUGAAGGUGCCCUCGCUAAUACUGGAGGUGCUGGAGCCUUGCAAGUAUGACCCGCCUCUCCCUGCUGGUGUACCCGUCCUGCCCCUCCACGCUGCCUCGAUAUCGAGGCGCUUCCCGUGUCUGGUGCACGUGACGGUCGCCUGGCUGAGAGACGCCCUGGGCCCGGGAAGCCUCUCAGCCUCCCCCAGCCCGCUCGUCCCGGCCUACCCGAACCCCAGAGCGGAGUACCUGAGAUGCGCCAGGGAGGAGCUGUCUGACGAGGCGCUCCAGGUAGAAGAGGAGGGUACACCGUGGAGGGUACAGCUGGAACGUGCCCGCCGCUACCUCAACGGCCGGAAGCUGACGGUGGCCACGAUACAGCGGGCGCCCUUCGUGAAGCUGGAGAUGGUCGGGGAGGAGAUCGUCGGGGCCACGGGGUUUUGUAUUGAGAUGCUGGACGAGAUGGCAAGGAAAUUCAACUUCACGUACAGUUUGGUGCUGCCCUAUGACGGUAACUGGGGCGCCCCGAUGAAGAAUGGCACCUUCAACGGCAUGGUGGGAAUGGUGCACAGGCAGACCGUGGACUUCGCUAUGGCCGGCUUCACCAUCACACACAUCAGGGAGACAGUAAUAGACUUCACCCACGCCUUCUUCGAGGAGCCCACCACCAUCCUCAUCCCGCCGCCCAGGGAGCAGAACAACUUCCUCGCCUUCCUUGAGCCUUUCUCUUGGCAGGUAUGGUUCCUAACACUGGUGAGCAUCAUAGUGGUGGGUCCCAUCAUGUGGAUACUGGCCACCGUGGGGAACCUGCCGGUGCUGUACCCACACAACACCCGCACCGUGCACUACUCCCUGCUCAGAUACACCUGGGACUGCGCUUUCGCCCUCGCCGGCCAGAGUGCCCGCACGCGCCACACGGAGCCGGUGCGGGUGCUGCACGGCAUGUGGUGGACGUUCGCAGUGAUCCUGAUCUACACGUACACUGGCACACUGAUCGCCUUCCUGACCGUACCGCGCCUCACCAGCCUCAUCAACUCUCUGGAGGAGCUCGCCAACCAGAAGGACGUGUUGUGGACCUACCGCGCCAAGACUGCCCACGAGACACUCUUCGCGACAGCCCAGCCUCCCUCCACCUACAACAAGAUCGGCCAGCUGCUGAAGGAACGCCCUGACCUGCUGGUGCACACUGACGACGAGGGGAUCAACGCCGUGCUUAGAGGCGACACGGCAUUCAUAAAGGAAAAGUCAUGGCUAGACUUCGCGAUGGAGCGGGAUUACCUGGCCACCAAGCAGUGCCGCAUGGCGCAGGUCAACCAAAUCUUCUUCAGCGCGGGCUUCGGUUGGGCGCUGCAGGAACACUCCAUCUUCCUGCAGCUCUUCAACAACGAGAUCCUAAGAAUGUCACAGUCCGGACUAUUCACCAUUUGGCGGAUGCAGAACUGGCCCAGCCCUAACGAGUGCACGGCGGGCAACCCAGGGGCGCCGGCGGGACCCAAGAGCCUGCACAUCAAAAACUUCUCCGGCCACUUCUUCAUCUUCGGAGUGGGUCUCGGCCUGGCGCUGCUGGCCUUCUUGGUGGAGCGUCUGCUGCUGCGGGGCUUCUUCAGGGACGCCAAGAGUGAAGGCACGCAGGCUUUACUUCCCUCGCAAGAAUACCUGAGACACGGCAGACGACGCCACGACACCCUCAGGCCCGGGCCGCUGGAACGCUUGUUGCAGAUGCGGGUGGUGGCUUUGAAGAACGGCUCCCCCUUGGUCACCGUCAACCCCCAGCCCACGCCGCGCCACCCUCACACCUUCGACCUGCACCCGCCACACAGGGAGGCGUACCACAAAGGCGCCAUGCAGGUCCACAGUCGCCCGCCAAUUAGAUAAUCCUGCAGUGUCGCGGCGCAUCUCACAACAGCAAUAACUUUAUACUUACUUGUCCAGUCCAGUCCUGUCUAGUCCACCGGUGUGCCCCCAGUAGAGUAUCUUAAGGAGCUUCGUGUCAUAGGAGGUGGUGUGAAAAGUCUGAGUGGCGGGCAGAGACUCAAGCACUCGAAAUGUGUUUAUCCCAUGCUGACCUCUGACACAAAACAAAUGUCUCUUUCUCCCCCUCUUGGACACUGACACGUUUCUCCUGUGACAUUAAGUUCCUCCACCGACAAGUACUGAGAUGGCAAUGUUUGUGUAGAGUUUAGGUGUGUCACUGAGAUGGUUUAGUUCCGCGUUGUGCAUUCGUGGCAGGAUACAGGCAAGGCAUCGUCAGCCACGGAGGAAGCAACACCUCCUCGCCUCGUCCAAGCUGCACCUUAGCCUUCGCUCCCUGGUGGUCUGUGUAUAGUUACCAUAUUGCAACGGGUAGUAGAAUGUAAACAAAACUAACAAGUAAGUCAUCCAUCACGUCCCAUGUAUACUAGAAAUUUCAACCGCACCACAGGCCUCUCUUGUAACAGUGAAGUAUAGCUCUCCUCCGUGCCUCACACCUCAGAGACCCUCCCAGGCUUCCCCCCCCCCCCACACACACACACAUGUAGAGGAUAGUUAGAUCUGAUGCAAAACACAAUGCCUCGCAGCUCCAAUACCCUCAGACAUGUACCCACAGGAGUACCCCAAGCACCAUAGGGUUGUGAAUGAGUCUCACCACCAGGAAUAGAUGUGUUGCCGUGUGCCGUGAUGCAGUGAUGCCGCGACCGCUCUGUGGGCUGAGGAAGACACACAGGGUUUUAGUGGCACUUUAUAGUAAUUCCAGUGAUAGAUAUAAGAAUUCUACAUCACUGUUAGGAAAGACUCAAGAAAACCCGGCUAAUGAUCUAUGUGGCCUUUCAAAAUACUGCUCUGUACCAUCGUCUUUCCCCGUACGGUACAGGUGUGGGUGCUGUACCGCCUCCUACAAAUACACCAGCGGGUCGUGGCACUUGUAAAUAUAGCGUACGUGCAAAUGACAA